UCGACCGACGAUCCAUCCAUCGCCGGCGACGAGGAGACGCUGACUGAACGAAGCUUACCUAGCUACUCGAUCGAUCAUCCAUCAGUCUAGAUAGAUAUGGCGGCUUUGAACUUCAAGGCGGUGGCCGCCGUGAUGGUGAUGGCGAUGGUGGUGGCGGCGCCGGGGGCGUCGGCGGCGAUAACGUGCGGGCAGGUGGGGUCGGCGAUCGCGCCGUGCAUCUCUUACGUGACGGGGAGGGGUGGCCUCACCCAGGGAUGCUGCAACGGCGUCAAGGGGCUGAACAACGCCGCCCGCACCACCGCUGACCGCCAGGCCGCCUGCCGGUGCCUCAAGACCCUCGCCGGCACCAUCAAGUCUCUCAACCUCGGCGCCGCCGCCGGCAUCCCCGGCAAGUGCGGCGUCAACGUCGGCUUCCCCAUCAGCCUCUCCACUGACUGCAGCAAGGUCAGCUAGAUCGAUUAAUCCUGCGUAGACCGACCGAUCGAUAUAUCGAUCGAUGCUGGCUCGCAGUUGAUCAACUAGCCAAAAUAAUAGCUACAGUAAAAAUAACAGCUGGGGCAUAUCAUUCAGCGCUGGUCAUCUCUCUCUGUAUCUCUGUAUACUUUAUGUUGCACGCUCCGUGCGUGCAUCAGCAUGCUAUCUUAAUUUUCUUGAGUCUGUACACUGCUCUGUGUACGUGUAAUCCUACGUUGAUGAAUUGCAUCUUGUCCAGACUUGGACCUAGCUAGCUACGUACUCCAGCUUCUUGUUGCUGAGGCAAUCUGUAGUAAUUUCCUUGUUACAUUAUUCCCCUGUCCCCUCUACUCCCUCCGUCCCAUAAAAAAUAAACCUAAUAUACUAAAUAUGACACAUA